GACUUGUCCAGGGUGUACCCCGCCUUUCGCCCGUAGUCAGCUGGGAUAGGCUCCAGCUCGCCUGCGACCCUGUAGAACAGGAUAAAGCGGCUACAGAUAAUGAGAUGAUGAUAAUAACAUAGAACUGUUACAUGGUGACCUUCUGUGCAGAUUUGUUUGUUUGUUUGUUUUCACAACAUUUAAGCUUCAUUUGUUGCAAAAUUCCUUGAAUGGGUCUGAACGUAAGAUUGCUUUUCUUUCCAUACAGUAAUCGAUCAUGUUGCUGUCAGAAAGGGCCGGGCGAUAUAUCGUUUGUUCAUUGUUAUUGCAAUACUGAUCUCGCAUUCAAUAUUAUGUGAAUUAUUUUCACUCUUAUGAUGUCAUACUUUCUGAAAUGGAUUGUUUUUCUGGUAUUAAUGUGUCUAAAAGUAGUCAGUAUCACUUGUGGCUAUAGUCUGUCGUGUGUGGGUGUGGCCUGGCCAGCUUUUUUUUCUUUUUAAAUUCUAGUGAAUUUAUGUAGUUUAUAGGAUCAACGAAGCUGACUUCAUGUUAAAACUGUUAAUGUUAUAGUCAUGUUGUCUGUUGUUGCCCAAAUGAGGAUGGGUUCCCUUUUGAGUCUGGUUCCUCUCGAGGUUUCUUCCUCAUGUCGUCUGUGGGAGUUUUUCCUCGCCACCGUCACCACAGGCUUCAUCAUUGGGGACAGAUUAGGGAUAAAAUUAGCUCAUAUAUUUUAAGUUGUUCAAAUUCUGUAAAGCUGCUUUGCGAUAAUGUUUAUUGUUAAAAGCGCUAUACAAAUAAACUCGACUGAGUGUAGUAACCAAAAUGUACGGUAUAACCUACAUCCACUAUAUGAUUUAUCCAUUCCACUUCUGCUCAAGUUGUAUCCAUGUUAAGUGCUUGGUUUUGUAAACAAAACAAGCUACGUGUACUAGCGCCGUAUUCUCACCGGACCCACUCAUGAACGCUGUUACUUCCUUCCAAGAUUUAUUUUUCUGCAUAAGUCUGUGUUUAAUAAGAUUUUGUAUAUGACGGGAUAAGAUGAAACCGAGGUUAUGCCAUAAGAUACACUUGUAACAUUAACAUUGCUUUCCUUUCCGUACAACAAUCUAUCAUGUUGCUGUCGGAAAGGGCUGGGCGAUUUAUAUCGUCUGUUUUACUGAUCUCGCAUUCAAUAUUAUGUGAACUAUAUUCACUCUUAUGAUGUCAUACUUUCUGAAAUGGAUUGUUUUUCUGGUAUUAAUGUGUCUAAAAGUAGUCAGUGUCACUACGUGUACUAGUGCCGUAUUCUCACCAGACCCACUCAUGAGCUCUGUUCCUUCCUUCCAAGAUUUAUUUUUCUGCAUAAUGUCUCUGUUUAAUAAGAUUUUUGUAUAUGACGGGAUAAGAUGAAACCGACGUUAUGUGAUCCAAGUUUUCUAAAGUAGUGAGUGGGGAACUGAUAAAACGUCGGACCACACGCAGUACAGGAUUUUUUUUUUUUUAGCUAUGAUUUGUAUCCGUCGCUUUACCUUGUCUCUGUAUCAUGGACAGUAUUUAGAUGGGAAAUGGACAGUCACAUACCGAGUAUGAACACAAGUGUAAAUGUGUCAUCACAAGUUGCAGUGCUCAAGUGUGUAACGUGCAACACAAUCGCAGCAUGGUCAUUAAGCUAUUUUUGUCUAUGCAGCCCAAGUGUGAAAAUGAGUUUAAUAUACAAGAUAAUGUGCAUUAGCUUGCAGUCAUAGCUCCGUUCACCACUUCUCUCUGAGAAAUAACUCGGCCUUCUAAAAAUCUUUCCACAAGCCUGGAUUAUUUGAGGAAUAUCGCUUUCAGGCAUUAUGGAUUCUUUUUUUUUUUUUUUUUGCCCCGCAACGCGAGGCCGUGCAUGUUUUGGCAGCAUGCUCCGGGUUGAAGGCUGUUUGACGAGGGGUCUGCACAGAGGAGUUCAUUUGCACAAGCCAAAAAUAAUAAAGAUGAUAUGUCCAGGCGUAUGAACCCCAGACUUUUGCAGAAUGUUUUCUUAAUGGUGGUUGAGUGUCUGUUUCACUUCCUGUUGGAACUCGAGGGGAAGGUUCUUUUGGUUUUUUAGGUUUUUUUUUUUUUAGACUGCGUUAUGUGACGACUUUGUGUAAAUGCACAUGCGUGUUUCUUUCAGGGGCUUUUACAUGAGCUGGUUUGUGCUCAUGAGUGAUGGUGUGCUGCCAGUUUUGUUUGUAGGGUCAUGACUUGGGGAAGGAUGGAGGACGAGGAGGGGCUCUGUUUACCCAGGAUUGCUUCACUUCAGCAAGCUGCAAGAUGUGUGUAGCUGAGAGAUGUUUCUUCCCCUCCAGAUAUAGAUUAACCACUGAAACAGACAUGGCUGAGCCACGGUUUAAUAACCCAUACUUCUGGCCUCCACCCCCUGCAAUGCCUGGCCAGCUGGACAACCUUGUUCUAAUUAACAAGAUCAAAGAGCAGCUGAUGGCUGAGAAAAUCAGACCUCCACACUUGCCCCCUACUUCGGUUCAAUCCCAGCAGCCCUUGCUGGUUCCCCCGACGCCUGCGGAAGGUGGGACGCACAGCAUGGCAGUGCCCAAGCUUCAGCAGAUGCCUGGCCUUCCUCCUCAUAGCCCAACGCAGCCUGAUGUGGCCCUGCACGCCCGACCCGCGUCCAGCUCCGUCGCAGGACGCAUUCUCGGCGACGUGAACUUGAACCUGGACGACAAGUCGGCCUUAAAAGCAAGAGGACUGUGGGAAGACUGGCAUUUGCGACAGAUUAUAGACCAGCCAUCAAGAGCGAACCAUCUGUCAGGUAUAGCGCUAUCGUCUCGUACCGGCAGUCAGAACACGACAGAGUCCGUGGCCACGCCCACAUCCUCCAGCAGCCACAUACGCCAGGGAUCAGCACCUUCCACAAACCUCCUCUCAGGGUUGGCCGGCGCAGUCAGGGCGGAGCCUAUUAAAAACAGCAGUGGGUUGGUGGGACUGCUAGGACCACCCCCAAAAAGCGGAGGACGAGGCCGCAAGAAGAUCAAAGCGGAAAAUGCUUCCGGUCCUCUGCUGGUUGUGCCCUACCCCAUCCUGGCGUCAGGAGCUGACCAGUCAUCUGUAACCAUCACGGCUAAAGAGGGCAAAUCAUACAGGUGUAAAGUGUGUCCACUGACUUUCUUUUCCAAGUCAGAUAUGCAGAUUCACUCCAAGUCGCACACGGAGGCCAAGCCUCACAAGUGUCCUCACUGCACCAAGUCGUUCGCCAAUGCCUCGUACCUGGCGCAGCAUUUACGCAUCCACCUGGGGGUGAAGCCUUAUCACUGCUCUUACUGCGAGAAAUCCUUCCGCCAGCUCUCACACCUACAGCAACACACCAGAAUCCACACGGGUGACCGGCCAUAUAAAUGUAUCCAGCCGGGCUGCGAUAAAGCCUUCACGCAACUUUCCAAUCUGCAGUCUCACCAGAGGUCCCACAAUAAAGACAAGCCUUACAAGUGCUCCAACUGCUAUCGCGCCUACUCUGACUCCGCCUCUCUGCAGAUCCACUUAGCUGCUCACGCCAUCAAAAACGCCAAGGCGUACUGCUGCAGCAUGUGUGGCCGAGCCUACACCUCCGAGACCUAUCUGAUGAAGCACAUGUCUAAACACACCGUUGUGGAGCACCUGGUGACUCAGCACUCGCCCCCCCGGAACGAGUCUCCCAGCAUCCCCAUCCGUAUCUCGCUCAUCUGAACCUGGUCAGUUCCUUCUCUGCUCACCUCGUCCCGAUGUCGUUGUUUUUAUUCGCACUAUCACUUGUUGUCUCUCUCUACCUCGGCAUGGAGUUUUAGAGAGAGUGGGGUGAGGACAUGGUAGAGACAUCCAAAGACAGUUUUUGCAGCACUUUGAGGCCUUGUGGCUAAAAAAAAAAAAAAAGAGAAAACAUUCAGUCUAAUUAUUGGACAGUAAAAAGGCUAUAGUUCUUGGCAGCUAAUUUUUUUUGGACAUUAGAUGUUAUGCAGUGGUUAUAAACUCAUACGCUGAGACCUUUUAGAGCACGGACCAAGUCCAAGAUCGUUUUCUAUCUUCUGGUUUAGAUGAAAAUAGUCAUUCCUUUUAUACUACUUUUUUGGCAUUUAUUAUUAAGCUACAAACCUUUUGAAAGAUCAUAGGGUUAAAAUGAUGUGCCAAAAACACACAGUAAUUUGGGGUGAAUGGGGGAGAAUGCUGGUGUACAUAAAUCAGUCGAUCCCACUGCAAAAAGUUCAGGCUCUACCUUUCUAUUCUACAGUACUGUGCAAAAGUCUCAGCUCUUUAUCUGGAUGCGAAAAACACUAGAGAACAGCAGGGCAGGCAGGUAGAGUCGAUUAUUUAAAAAAAAAAAAGUAACUGCAUGUUCCAGUGCGUUUCCUCUUAUACUGCAGCAGUUUCACGAUGAAUGGAGGCCCAAACUAAUAUCUUGGUGUGAUCUGAAAAGGCAUUCAAUGGUUUUAAAAUCUUCCCCAGAUAAAUAGCUUUAAACACAAUUUGCUCAGGUGGGCUAAAACUUUUGCACAGUACUCUACAGCUCCUGUCACAUCUCCCACACUUGUGUGUAUAUACGUUUGAUAUCAUCACAUUUAAGUAUUAAUUACCAUUAUUUUCUAUACAGUCAAGCCUUAAAUAUUUUAUCACUAAUUGUUUAUCUUAUCCAUGUCUACCAUAUUGGUGUUCAUUGUACUCAGUACUGUAUACAUUUUUAAAAAAUAAAAAUUUCCUAGCAUGAUUCUGUAAAUAAUCUAAAGUACUUGUGUUUAACCCCUUUAUAUUAAAAAAAUCUAGCUAUUACAAUUUUUUUUUUUUAAUUGUCUUGCAUUGUGGUACUCUGAAAAGUUUGUCUUGGCUGCUAUAAUAUGCAAAGUCGAGACUUAGAAAUGGACUUAUAAAAAAGAACAAAUAAAUCUGAAAAUUCUG